CGAAACGUACUUGCAUUUGCUUUUUUCUCUUUUUUUUUUUUUGAGAGUGAUGGUAGCGAUAUAGUACACAAUCCAUUUUUAUCUUUCUAUUUGUUUGCGUUUUCGAUUUUUAUUUUAUUUUCUUCUGCUUUUUAAUUUCAGUUUUCUCUGAAUUUUGUUACAAAUUUAUAUAUUUUGUUUUUCAUUUGAGCAACCGUUUGUUUUCUUCUUUCUUUUGUAUCAGAUCCACAUUUUAAAUGCUUUGGAACUAGUUAUUGUUUGCAAAAUGAGUGGAAAAGAGUGUUACAAAGUGUAAAGUUUUCGAAUCUUGUUUAUUAAUCACUGUGAUCUGCUUGUGUCUGAGUAGUUAAAUAAAAGUAAAAUCACCAAUCCUUCUUCUUUCUUUCUUUCUUUCCUUUUUGGUUUUUGCUUCCUUUGUUCUCUCCACUACCUUUGUCUGCCACCACACUGGAAUAUUCUGACUGAUUUUAUUCCAUUUAUAGAGAUAGUGAUCAUCAUGAUGAUAGGUUUUUCUUUAUCUUUUUAAGUUAAUUAUCACAAACUGUAUGUUAGUGAUUACAUUCUUCACAAUUCCACCCCGCGGGCAGUUAUUUAUGAAAAAUUGGUGUUCUAUCUGGCCCUGUUUUGGUUGCUUGCACAUGUGAUGCUAUGCUAGCAGCGUAAUAAUCUAAGUGGUCCUUUUGAUAUUACCUAAAUGCAUAUUUCAACAAUUUGCAUUUGCUGUCUUAUUGCAGAUUCAUUUCUUUGAUGAUUAUAUUUCAAUAAUAGAGGAAAGAGUUGAGGAAGUUAGCUCUUGAUAAGUACUUUGAUUAUUCAUUUGAUUGCAUUUUGGAAGAGGUGAAACAAAUCCAAGUAUGAAAGAAACUAACAAGAGGAGAACUCCAAAUAAUAAUCAAUCUAAGCGCGUCGCAAAAACUGAAAAGAGAGUUCAAAAACCACAUCAAACAUUGACGGCAAAAGAAACUGAAUCUAAACCAGACUCGAGUAUUUUAGUAAGUGAUUCGAACACGGGCUCCGAGCCCUCUCAAGUUUAUGAAAACUUGGUUAUACAUUAUGUCGAUGAUGUGAACAGGUUUGAGGAGGCACCUCAAGAUCCUAAAUCCAAUUCCGUCACUGCGAAUGCCAACAAGAAUGACAUUUUAGAUGAUCUCUCAAAUGAUUAUUUAGAGAAAGAACGUAAGCAGGGGAAGGAAGAAGAAUCAGAUACUGAGACAAUUAAAGAUUCUGUAUCAUCUCAAGGGGAUUCAUUAACAGCUGAUGAUGAUGAGAAAGUAGAAAAAGUUUCAAGAGUACCCAAAAGUGUUAGCAAUAAGGAUUCAUCAGAAAGUUCUCGUGCACACAGAGUGAGAUCUGAUAAAACUAGCAAACCUCAAUCAAAUAACACUCCUAAGAAGCCUGCAAAACCAAUUAAAGGGCCAUCUAAAGUUAGUAGCAAAACUUCUUUAGUUGAUAAGAAUUCUAGAGACAUGAAAGUUCCUUCUAAACCUUCAUUGGAGUCUUCCGAAGGAGCUGAUGAAAAGCCUACUGAAGGUUUAAAUGAAAUAGAUGUUUUGGAUGAGACCUCAAAUGGUACUCAGAGUGUUGCUAGUGAUAAUGAAACUGUUGAUGCUGAAGAAAAUGGUGAGCAUGAGGAUGAGGUAGCUUUAAAUCAAAGAAUUGGAGAGAUGGAAAUAAAAGUUGGGAAACUAGAAGAGGAGCUCAGAGAAGUUGCUGCUCUUGAAAUUUCACUAUAUUCUGUAGUACCAGAACAUGGAAGCUCGGCGCAUAAGGUGCACACACCUGCACGGCGCCUUUCUAGACUAUAUAUUCAUGCUUGUAAACAUUGGGCCCAAGACAAGCGAGCUACAAUUGCUAAAAACACUGUAUCAGGACUUGUAUUGAUUAGCAAGUCCUGUGGUAAUGAUGUCCCAAGGUUAACCUUUUGGUUGUCUAACACCAUCAUGCUGAGGGAGAUCAUUUCUCAGGCAUUUGGCAGUUCACGCAACUCCAGUGCGCUUACAAAGUGCUCUGCACCCAAUGGGGGUAGCAAGAAAAAUGAAGGAAAGGCUGCAGCACUAAAAUGGAAGGGUGGUUCUGGUAGUAGACAAGUUAAUGGUUUUAUGCAGCUUGUGGACGAUUGGCAGGAGACAGGAACCUAUACAGCUGCACUAGAAAAAGUUGAAUCAUGGAUAUUUUCUCGAAUAGUUGAGUCAGUAUGGUGGCAGGCUGUGACUCCACAUAUGCAAUCACCUGGUGGGACAUUAUCCUCUAAUAAAUCCUUUGGAAGAUUGAUGGGACCAGCCCUUGGUGAUCAUCAGCAAGGCAGCUUUUCUAUCAAUUUAUGGAAUAAUGCUUUUCGGGAUGCUUUUCAAAGACUUUGUCCGGUUAGAGCAGGAGGACAUGAGUGUGGUUGCUUGCCAAUAAUAGCCAGAAUGGUUAUGGAACAGUGUGUCUCCAGACUAGAUGUGGCUAUGUUCAAUGCUAUUCUACGCGAGUCAGCCCAUGACAUUCCAACUGACCCUGUAUCAGAUCCUAUUGUAGAUUCAAAGGUUCUGCCUAUUCCAGCUGGGGACUUGAGCUUUGGUUCUGGUGCACAGCUGAAAAACUCUGUUGGUACCUGGUCCAGAUGGCUUACUGAUAUGUUUGGCAUGGAUUCUGAUGAUUCCCUGAAAGAAGAUCAGCUCAGCAGCGAUGAUGAUGAAAGGAAGAGUGGAGAACCUAAAGCCUUUAAUCUUCUUAAUGAAUUAAGUGAUCUUUUGAUGCUUCCCAAAGACAUGCUAAUGGACCGAUCAAUAAGAAAAGAGGUAUGCCCAUCUAUAUGUCUCCCAUUAGUGAAGCGGAUUCUCUGCAAUUUUACUCCUGAUGAGUUCUGUCCAGAUGCUGUCCCAGGAGAUUUAUUGGAGGCACUGAAUGCUGAGAGUAUUGUGGAACGGAGAUUAUCAGGAGAUUCAACAAGAAACUUCCCUUACACAGCUGGCCCGGUUGUAUACGCCCCACCUUCCUCUGCUGAUGUGUCUGAGAAGGUUGCUGAGGUGGGAGCAAAAUCAGAGCUAUCAAGAAAUGUAUCUGCUGUACAAAGGAAAGGAUAUACCAGUGAUGAAGAACUGGAAGAACUCGAUUCUCCUCUCACAUCCAUUAUUGAAAAUUCGCUGUCAUCUCCAACUAGUGUACCUAAAGGAAAUGGAAACCACUUGGAACAUACAGGUUACAUAGUUACAAAUGCAAGGUAUGAACUCCUCCGUCAGGUGUGGUCUACAGGAAUGUGAAGAGUGAUCCUACCCUGUUGUAUAUGUUUUGUUUUGUUUUGUUUUUUAUCCAAUUUUGAAGUAAAUAUGAAGAAGAAAGAGAAAAAGAAAAAGAAAAAGAAGGGAUAGAACACCAUACUAGGGAAAUAAGCAAAAGUGAAAAUGUGGGAAUGUUGUUAGAUUUCAGGAAUGUUCAAUUCCUGCUUCAGCCAUCAAUCAGUUACUCUUGUAUAUUAGGCACAGCUUGUUAUCAAGUAGCAUCUACUAAAAAAGAAAAAACUUAUUCCAUUUCAUAUAAUAAAAGAUUUAUUUUGGUUUGUAGAA